AUGUCACGAAAUCUUCCAGGUCUUCGCCAAUACCCUGUAAGUGAGACCGCAGUGACGAAAACCGCACUGGACACCUCAGAGGCAUUUGGAAGAGCCCGUGGAAGUUCAGAGCCCACGGCUGGUCCGGCAGAGCCCGCGGCCUACAGAGGCUCAGACACAUUGCAUCUCACGUGUGGACCAAACAGAAAGGCAAAGGCAAGUGUUGCCUCUCCCCUGCUCGAGAAAGGUGUGAAGGUCAUCGCUGCAGACUCCCAUCUUAGAGACACUCCCAAGUCCAAAGUGAAGACCUACUGGACUGAGAGCAGCAGCAGCAGUAGCAGCAAAAGUGUGUCCAUAAGUCGUCUCCUGUCCCAGAACAUCUACGGCAAGGAGAACUUCACCGCCCUCCACUUGGACUACGACGGACCGGACCCCUUCUCCAAACAGGAGCACUGGAACUGGCCCUACAACACCUCUUCCUCUUCUUCUUCUUCUCCACGAGAAACCCGCUCCAGAACCAAGAGAAGACCCAUCGUCAAAACCGGCAAGUUCAAGAAGAUGUUCGGUUGGGGAGACUUCCAUUCCAAUAUCAAGACCGUCAAACUCAACUUACUCAUCACGGGAAAGAUCGUCGACCACGGCAACGGGACCUUCAGCGUCUACUUCCGGCACAACUCCACCGGGCAGGGCAACGUCUCCGUGGGGCUGGUACCUCCGACCAAAGCCGUGGAGUUCCAAGUCCAACCUCACCCGCACUUCCACCAACCAAACAACCACCACCAACAGCAGCAGACGGCCCUGGAGACCAAAGAGACCAAGCUCUUCAACUGUCGCGUGGAGUACGAGAAGGUGGAGAAGGGGACGAGGAACUCCUUGUGCGCCCAUGACCCGUCGCAGAGCUGCCCACAGGAGCAGACCCAAAGCCACGUGUCCUGGUUGUGCUCCAAGCCCUUCAAGGUCAUCUGCAUCUUCAUCACGUUCCACAGCACCGACUACAAGCUGGUCCAGAAGGUGUGUCCAGACUACAACUACCACAGUGACACGCCCUACCUGCCCACCGGGUGA